UGUUUUCUCCGUAGAGGCAGAAGCGUGACUGUGAGGGAGAGGGAACAACAACUCCUUACCUUGCUACACACUGCUGCGAGUGUUUUUUUUUGGGAGUUGUGCUUUCGAAUUACUGGACACUUGCAGCCGAAGAAAUAACUCAAAACUGAGUUGUGUGGUACGCAGGCAACACCGGACACUUGAGCGAGGCUGACGUUCACGAGAGACGAGAGCAGCUAGCUGCCACGAAUAGAUCCAGUAUCCACGACCCCGCUCGGCCGGGAUAGUACCUCGUGUUCCUCUGCCACUGGACUCCUAUCUUUCCCCCCUCUUAAUUCGCUCCCCGGGUUGGUUGUAACUCCUUUUUCAAUUUUUUGAAGUGGAUUUUCGUGCCACAAACUGAAGACGGGACUAAAAGAAGUGUUUCAGAGAAGGAGAGAAAUGCCAACGGCGGUGACAAAGAGGAGAUUCAGUGAACUCCAAAAGUGUCUCUCAUUGGUCAAAGUUCAGGAAGGUAAGGCUCUCAAGCCUCCCUCCUCUUCACAGUGAAAUUCAACACCUAUGACAUCACAUUGUGGGCUUGACUCCUCCCAGGCAGCCCCUGAACACCGCUCAGUGUGUGAACAAGCUCUGCCUCUGAAGGAUCUCUCCCUAAGCCACCACAUUGCUUUAUAGCCACAGCUGGAAACAUAUUGCUGGAAAGCCCGAAGACAGUUCCUUUGGUUUAAUGAAAUACUGUCAGUGGAAUAACUGAGGAGGAACCAGAGCCGACUUUCUUACUUACACUUUUUCAUGAGACAUCUUUGAGGGAUAAUCUUCUUCGGAUGCUGUUGGAUUUGCUUUUCUAGGAUUUGGAUACUCUCUCUGGAAUAAGUGCCUAAAGAUAAAAGGAAUAAAAAGGAUUUAUUUGUAAGUGGACCUAAUUGACAUGCAUAGGUGUUAGUCUUUGAUCGUGUCAGAGUGGGAAGUGUCUUGUGGGGGACCGAGGAGGGAACAGUGCCAACCUGGAACAUGGUGCCUGAUAUUCACCUGUCAGUGCCCCUCGUGCCCAGAGGGGUGGUGCUGUUCCUGCUUCUACUCAGCGGCAUGGUGUUCUCCUCUCUGGCAGACAGCUUGCCAAGUUUUGUCAAAUCCCCCGAGGACCAGACGGGCAUCUCGGGUGGGGUUGCAUCGUUUGUGUGCCAGGCCACAGGGGAGCCCAAACCCAGAAUCACCUGGAUGAAGAAGGGCAAGAAAGUCAGCUCCCAGCGCUUUGAGGUGAUUGAGUUUGAUGACGGCGCGGGCUCGGUGCUGCGGAUACAGCCUCUGCGCACACACAGGGACGAGGCCAUUUACGAGUGCACUGCCACCAACAGCGUUGGCGAAAUCAACACCAGUGCCAAACUUACAGUGCUUGAAGAGAACCAGAUCCCCCAUGGUUUUCCUACCAUUGACAUGGGCCCCCAGCUGAAGGUGGUUGAAAGGACCAGAACCGCCACUAUGCUCUGUGCCGCCAGCGGAAACCCCGACCCCGAGAUCUCCUGGUUCAAGGACAUGCUGCCCGUGGACAUCAACAGCAGCAACGGCCGUAUGAAGCAGCUCCGUUCAGGAGCUUUGCAGAUUGAGAACAGUGAAGAAUCUGACCAGGGGAAAUAUGAGUGUGUUGCCAUGAACAGUGCUGGGACCCGUUACUCCUCUCCUGCCAAUCUUUACGUACGAGAUCAGCGGGAAGUGCGCAGAGUCCCGCCCAGAUUCUCCAUUCCACCCACCAACCAUGAGGUGAUGCCGGGCGGCAGUGUCAACUUGACAUGCGUGGCGGUGGGCUCGCCCAUGCCCUACGUCAAAUGGAUGAUGGGCUCCGAGGAGCUGACCAAGGAGGAAGAAAUGCCUGUGGGCCGCAACGUGCUGGAGGUCACCAACAUCCGCGAGUCGGCCAACUACACCUGUGUGGCCAUCUCUUCACUGGGCAUGAUUGAGGCCACCGCCCAGGUCGCCGUCAAAGCCUUGCCAAAGCCGCCCACCUCGCUCAUCGUGACUGAGACCACAGCCACAAGUGUGACUCUCACCUGGGACUCUGGGAAUCCUGAACCUGUCUCGUACUACAUGAUCCAAUACAGAGCCAAGUCAUCAGACAACGGCUUCCAAGAAGUGGACGGCGUGGCCACCACCCGCUACAGUAUCGGCGGCCUUAGUCCGUAUUCUGAGUACGAGUUCCGCGUAAUGGCCGUCAACAACAUUGGCCGCGGGCCGCCCAGUGACCCUGUAGAAACACGCACCGGCGAGCAGGCCCCCUCCUCGCCACCUCUGCACGUCCAAGCACGCAUGCUGAGUGCCAGCACCAUGCUGGUCCAGUGGGAACCGCCCGAGGAACCCAACGGGCAGAUCAGGGGCUACCGUGUCUACUACAGCUCAGACCUGACAGCUCCACUCAGCGCGUGGCAGAAACACAACACCGACGACAGCAGGCUAACCACCAUCUCUGGUUUGACGACCGACAUCACCUACAGCCUCAGGGUGCUGGGCUUCACCUCUGUGGGUGACGGGCCGCCUUCUGAUGUCCUGCAAGUCAAAACCCAGCAGGGAGUCCCUGCUCAGCCAUCAAGCUUCGAGGCUGAAGCUGAGCUGGACACCCGCAUCCUGCUAACAUGGCUGUGGCCCGUACAGGACCCCAUCACUAAGUAUGAGCUGCAGUACUGGGAGGCCGACUCUGACAACAAGAUCCAUGUGACCUUUAACCCAGCAGGCUCUUAUGCUGUGGAGGGACUGAAGCCUGACACCCUCUACCGAUUCUCUUUGGCAGCCCGUUCUGAAAUGGGCUUAGGCGUCUACACCCAACCCAUAGAGGCUCGCACCGCCCAGUCCACCCCAUCCGCCCCCCCUCAGGAGGUGCAUCUGGUCAGCCUGAGCUCCACCAGCAUCAAGGUGAGUUGGGUGGCGCCGCCCGCCGCUAGCCGCCACGGCGCCAUUGUGCGCUACACAGUCAGCUACCAGGCCCUUGCCGGCGAGGAUGUGGAGCGCCAUGUGGUGACGGGCAUCGGCGCAGACGCCACCAGCUACUUGCUGGAAGGCCUGGAGAAGUGGACGGAGUAUCAGGUGUGGGUGAGGGCGCACACUGAUGUGGGCCCAGGCCCUGAGAGUUCCCCGGUGAGGAUCAGAACCAAAGAGGAUGUGCCAGGCGCACCCCCCAGGAAACUGGAGGUCGAAGCAGUGAACUCCACAGCCAUCCGGGUCACCUGGAAGCCACCCCUGCAGGGGAAGCAGCACGGCCAGAUCCGAGGCUACCAGGUCAUUUUCUCCCGCCUUGAGAAUGGCGAACCGCGAGGCCAGCCCAACAUCAUGGACGUUGCUCUGCCAGAAGCUCAGUGGAAUAUUGAGGAGUCCACCGAGCAUGAGGCCAUCAUCGGCGGCCUGCACUCUGAGACCACCUACUCUGUCACCGUGGCAGCGUAUACCACCAAGGGAGACGGCGCUCGCAGCAAAGCCAAAGUCAUCACCACCACCGGUGCAGUGCCAGGCAAGCCCACUAUGAUGAUCAGCACCACCAUCGGCAACACAGCGCUGAUCCAAUGGCAGCCACCCAAGGAGAUGGUGGGUGAGCUGAUGGGCUACCAGCUGCAGUACAAGCGCAUCGAGGAGGACAGUUACACCUCGCGUGACCUGAGGAAGACCGAGGAGCACUACACCGUCACCGGCCUGCACAAGGGCGCCACCUACAUCUUCCGCCUCAGCGCCCUGAACCGCGCAGGCGCAGGCGAGGCCUACAUAAAGGAAAUCAGCACCCAGGAGGACGUGCCCACCGGCUACCCCGUCAACCUGCGGGUGACAGGGCUGACCACAUCCAGCACCCAGCUGGCCUGGGACCCCCCCGCGCUGGCAGAGAGGAACGGCAAGAUCACCUACUACAUGGUGGUGUACCGAGACAUCAACAGCCAGCAGAACAGCACCAACCGCACGGCCGACACGCGCAUGACCAUCCAGGGCCUCAAACCCGACACCACCUACGACAUCCGGGUGCAGGCCUUCACCAGCAAGGGUGGGGGACCCAUCAGCCCCAGCAUCCAGAGCAGGACCAUGUCCACAUCACCAGCAUUUGCCACAAGCUUUGGUGUCAAAGCUGUCAUGAAAACGUCCGUCCUCCUCACCUGGGAAGUGCCAGAGAACUACAAGUCCCAAGUGCCUUUCAAGAUCCUGUACAACCAGCAGAGUGUGGAGGUGCAGGGGAACCUGAAGAGGAAGCUGAUCACACGGCUGCAGCCGGACACAGACUAUUCUUUUGUGCUGAUGAGCAGGGGCAACAGUGCUGGGGGUCUGCAGCAACAGGUGUCCAUCCGCACCGCCCCUGACCUGCUCAAGACCAAGCCCAUCCUCUACAUCCAGCACCAGGCUCAAGGCAGCAAGCUGACCAUCGACCUGCCCAAAGUCCAGACCAGCACGCGUGUCAGGUGGUACUACAUAGUGGUUGUGCCGGUGUCGUCAUCGUCACGGCGAUGGGAGAAUCCAGACGAGAUGGACCUGGACGAGCUGCUGGAGUCAAGUGAAGGCCCUGUCCUGAGGCGCCGACGUCAGCUGGAGUCCCCCAGGCCUUACAUCGCCGCCAAACUGGAAUCACUGCCCGCCACCUUCACCUUGGGAGAUGAGAAGAGGUACAACGGCUUCUACAACAAGCCUCUGCCUGGCCACCAGCAGUACCUCUGCUUUGUCCUGGCUGCACUCCAAGAACAGGACCACAACAGCAGUGAUAAAUAUAGGACGUUCUCAGCCAGUCCCUACUCAGACCCCAUUCAGGUCGUGGCGGGGAGUAUCUCUCCCAGGGUGGAACAACCCGAAAUGUUAUGGGUCAUGGGCCCCGUGUUGUCUGUGGUCCUCAUCAUCAUCAUUGUCAUCGCCAUCCUGCUCUUCAAGAGGAAGCGAGCGUCGCCGCUACCAAAGGACGAGCACUCAGGUGGGGUGAAGGACUCCUUGCUGGCAAACUCCUCUGACCCCGUGGAGAUGAGAAGGCUCAACUACCAGACCCCAGGAAUGAGGGAGCACCCGCCCAUUCCCGUGAUUGAGCUGGCUGAUCAUAUAGAGCGGCUGAAGGCCAACGACGGCCUCCGCUUUUCCCAAGAAUACGAGUCCAUUGACCCAGGCCAGCAGUUCACCUGGGAGAACUCCAACAUGGAGGUCAACAAGCCAAAGAAUCGCUAUGCAAACGUCAUUGCCUACGACCAUUCCAGAGUGGUGCUCACCUCCGUUGAUGCAGUUCCUGGUAGCGACUACAUCAACGCCAACUACAUUGAUGGCUACAGGAAACAAAAUGCCUACAUCGCGACACAGGGCCCUCUGCCGGAGACACUGAGCGACUUCUGGAGGAUGGUGUGGGAGCAGAGGUCCAGCACGAUAGUGAUGAUGACCAGAUUGGAGGAGAAGUCACGGGUGAAGUGUGACCAGUAUUGGCCGGCACGAGGCACAGAGACCUACGGGAUGAUUCAGGUCACCAUGCUGGACACGGUGGAACUGGCCACAUACAGUGUCCGCACAUUCGCCCUCUACAAGAAUGGCUCCAGUGAGAAGAGAGAGGUGCGCCAGUUUCAGUUCAUGGCUUGGCCGGACCAUGGGGUGCCGGAGUACCCCACCCCUAUCCUGGCAUUCCUCAGGCGGGUCAAGGCCUGCAACCCCCCAGACGCUGGGCCCAUGGUGGUCCACUGCAGUGCGGGUGUGGGCAGGACGGGCUGCCUGAUCGUCAUCGAGGCCAUGCUGGAGCGCAUGAAGCACGAGAAGACCGUGGACAUCUACGGCCACGUGACGUGCAUGCGCGCCCAGAGGAACUACAUGGUCCAGACGGAGGACCAGUACAUCUUCAUCCACGAGGCCCUGCUCGAGGCGGCCACAUGCGGCAACACCGAGGUGCCCGCUCGCAACCUCUACGCCCACAUCCAGAAACUCACCCAGGCCCCGCCCGGCGAGACGGUCACCGCCAUGGAGCUUGAGUUCAAGAGACUGGCCAACUCCAAAGCCCACACAUCGCGCUUCAUCAGCGCCAACCUGCCCUGCAACAAGUUCAAGAACCGUCUGGUCAACAUCAUGCCCUUCGAGUCCACCCGCGUGUGCCUGCAGCCCAUCCGGGGCGUGGAGGGCUCCGACUACAUCAACGCCAGCUGCAUCGACGGCUACAGGCAGCAGAAGGCGUACCUGGCCACCCAGGGGCCUCUGGCCGAGACCACUGAGGACUUCUGGAGAAUGCUGUGGGAGCACAACUCCACCAUUGUCGUCAUGCUCACCAAACUACGAGAGAUGGGGCGGGAAAAGUGCCAUCAGUACUGGCCAGCCGAGCGCUCAGCCAGGUACCAGUACUUUGUGGUGGAUCCCAUGGCCGAGUACAACAUGCCCCAGUACAUCCUCCGAGAGUUCAAAGUCACAGAUGCCAGGGACGGCCAAUCCAGAACAAUUCGCCAAUUCCAGUUCACCGACUGGCCCGAGCAAGGAGUGCCAAAAACCGGAGAAGGUUUCAUUGAUUUCAUCGGCCAAGUGCACAAAACCAAGGAGCAGUUUGGACAGGAUGGACCAAUCACUGUACACUGCAGUGCUGGGGUGGGCAGGACCGGGGUCUUCAUCACCCUCAGCAUCGUGCUGGAGAGGAUGCGAUACGAGGGCGUGGUGGACCUCUUCCAGACGGUGAAGACACUUCGCACCCAGCGGCCUGCCAUGGUGCAGACAGAGGACCAGUACCAGUUGUGCUACAGGGCAGCACUGGAGUACCUGGGGAGCUUUGACCACUAUGCAACGUAACCACUUCCACCGAGCAGCCUCCCUGGUCAGACCUCUCAGGAGUGUGCCAAGUGUCCCAUCUCAGCCACCAUCCACUCACUUGACCCCCAUUACCCCCCCUCACAGCUACCGGAGGGGAGGAGAACGGGACGCGCUUGCGGACCCAUUGACGGGUCCAACCAAUCACAGAGAUCCAUGCGGAUUUACCACACAGAGAUUUUUGCUUUAAAAAUAACAAAAAGAAACAGUACAAUGACUUCAACAACUCUGCUUGUACGGAAGCGACAGCUCAGAGCGGCAGCCUGCUUUUCUGUUCUGUCCACGCCAAACCUCCCGAUUGUCAAAGGCUACUGGUAGCACUAAGAGAGACAUCUCUUUUUUGUUCAAUUUUAUUAUGAAUUAUCUUUAUGACAGAUGUUAUUAUUUAGUGCAUCAUUUUUUUUGUUGUUGUUUUUAAUAAUCAUUUUAACACCAGACAUUUCUUUUGUCUUAAACGGCCCGGCUGCUGGCCUGCAUUAUUUUCAUAAUCGGUACGUCUUUUAUUUUUAUCAUUAUUUUUUUUUUUAUAUCGUCUAGGGUACUUUAGCACAAGGGACAUGUAUUUUUAACACGUUCCUAGAUACUAAUACAGGAGAACCACUGUUCUCUGAGCUGCUGUCAGAUUUCCUUUGUCUCAUCACGUUAAUGUUUUGUUCUCAUGUAUAUUGUUUUGGUCUUAUUCAGUUCAAUGGAGCAUGGGUUCACUUUGAUACGCCUUUUCACUCGCUGUUUCUUACGUUAAAAAAAAAAAAAAACACAAUUUUUGAAAAAAGUUCUCCAAUAAUUUCCGAGCAUACACCUGCUAAAGUUGUCCUAUGUAAACACAGUAGCUAGUCGAAAAAAAAAGUGAAUCAGCUAACAGACUAAAUCAGCGGUGUACAGAACUGGAAAGCACAUGAUUAUGUUUUUUUUUUUGUUGUUUUUUUUUCUUAUGUUGUUGCUGUCUUUUGUUUCGCUUUUGUUUUUUCGUCAGAAGCCUAUGGCAUUGAGGCCUUCAUACUCCACACCGGAGAACUUAUGUGAGGAAAACAGACUUUUAUACUCCGUGAUAUCUGAAUAUAGUUGCUCUUCAAGCCCCUCCUGUCUCCUCGCAGCCCAGUAGCCUGGUCGGUUUGCCCGGGGUUGAAGCGAACAGAGCGAAGGAGCCGGGCUGGUUCACACGGGCCGAGGAGUAGAGCCAUUAACACUGGCACCUGUACAGAAUCAACCAUUCCUACCAGAGGGAGAGACUCAGCCCUUUGGACUGAACCUGCUAUUAUUUCAUACAGAAAUAGAACUAUAAAUAUAUACAUAUAUAUAUAUAAAUAUAUAUAUAAUUAUGAUUGAUUAUAUAUAUGUACAAUUAUACAUAGCUAUAUACACAGCUGCAAAAGUAUAUUGUUCAAAAGGAUUCACUCUGCCAACGCACCAAACCUAGAGAAGCUGCAGAGAGCCUGCUGUCCUAGAGUGUGUAUUAAUGGAAACACCAUUGUAUCUACUGUACUACCAUAGUAACUUUGGCAGCCGGGUGUCCGCCUGAAUGAGGAAAACAGCACAACCCUCUCCCCUCCCCCCCCCGAACCCACCCCACCCAUCAAAAUCGGACGACUCUUUAAAGUGCUGGCUGUCUCACCACUCAAGCACAUCUUCACCCACAAGGUGCAGGCAGGAAUGUCCAAAUCCGAGGCCUAAAGCGGCGGCGGCGGCGGCGGCGGCGGCGGCGGCGGCGGUGGGGACGCUGGGGUUGGGGGGGACUUGAACACGCUGGCAGAAAACGUUCAUUUUUACCUUGUGAAUGCUUAGUGCUGUAGGGGUUCGAUCUGUUGUAUACACAGUCUGUUUUCUAUUUGUUAAUAAAGAACUGGAAUUUAAAAGAUAUUGCUGCAAAAGAAACAGCUCCUCGAUGUUAAUAAAGUUGAAUAAUUGGGUUUUUGUACGAA